AUGGCUCGCUCAAUUGUGCAACUUGGUGCCUCUCUAGGCCUGCUCGCGGCGGCAGCAAUGGGCAAGGAGAUGGCCGUCGAUGAAGCGAGGGCGGCUGAGUUUUACGAUUCGGGCGUGGUUCAUGAAGAGAUCAUGAACCACAAAAUGUUUGAUCUCACUCACUUCCUCAGUCACGGUGCCCUUGGCUCUUCUGGUGCCGGCUCUGGCUCCUGGGGAUGGGUGUCCGAUGACGGCCGUGAAUUUGUCGCCAUCGGCCAGGAGGACGGCACUACCUUCGUGGAGAUUACGAGCGAGGGCAUAAUGGUGAAAUUGGCGCACCUCCCCCAGGUCUCUGCCAUCUCUGACUGGCGAGAGCUCCGUGGAUACAAAAACUACAUGGUCAUCGGGUCCGAGGCUGUCGCGCACGGCAUCCAGAUCUUUGACAUGACGAGACUUCUCGACAUUGAUGUUGAAGCGACAGGCCCCGUGCAAUACGAUGCCAUCAGUGACCUCGCUGGAUACACCAAUGAUCUUCCCAUUGGUCGCAGCCACAACGUUGUGGUCAACGAGGAGCUCGACUACAUUGUCGCGGUUGGAGCGCAGCCGCGCAACGACUCGUGUCUUGCUGGCCUCAUCUUCUUUGACAUUUCCGAGGGAGUCGAGAACCCCAAGCGACUGGGCUGCGCUGCCGGCGACGGCUACGUUCACGAUGCGCACUGCCUCGUCUAUCGUGGUCCCGACAAGAGGUAUGACGGCAAGGACAUCUGCUACGGGUACAACGAGGACUCUUUGACAAUCUAUGAUGUCUCGGACAAGUUCACAACCAACAUCAUUUCGCGUACCUCAUACGAAGGGGUCAAUUACACGCACCAGGGAUGGGUCACCGAUGUCAACAACCAAGAGUUCCUGCUGAUGAACGAUGAGCGUGACGAGCGCUAUCGCGCAGGGCCAGCCUCGGACCAGUUCCCCGUCGUCUACAUUUGGGAUAUUCGCGACCUCGCCAACCCAAAGCAGACAGGCAUCUACAAAUACAAGACCAAGGCCAUUGAUCACAAUCUAUACAUCCGCGACGGCAUUGCUUUCCAAUCGAUGUACGGCUCGGGGUACAGCCUCCUCGAUGUGUCCUCGGUCGGCCCAUCGGAUCCUACCGGCUCCGGCAUUUGUGAGGCCGCCUGGAUCGACAUUUACCCCGAGGAUGACAACCUACCCGGCGGCGGCAUUGUCGAGUUUGUCGGUUCUUGGUCGUCGUACGGCUGGUUCCCCUCCGGACAUCACUUCAUCAACACGAUCGAGCGCGGCGCCUUUGUUGUCAAGCCGACGAGCCUCAAGUGCCCGCCGCCGCCCGUCUGCAACGCCGACAACUGCUUGCGUGCCUUGCGUAGUAACAGCGUCGAGGGCCGCCUCGAGGAGAGCCAAGAGUUCUGUGCCGGGUACACUGCCAACCUGAUCAAGGAGGUAUCGGUGCUGCCCGCCUACGCUCAGAAGGCCUGUACCGGGGAUGCCGUGUCUCGAGUGAGCAGUGCUUGCUCUUGCCUGCCAACCCCUACCGGCGUCUAG